GUGUUUUUUAAGCCAUUCAUGUAUCUCCGUACCUUUGUCUGAGCUCCAUCCCACCCCGAAAGGCAUUUUCUGGGUUUCUUAGCUAAUACGUGACCCAGGAAGAGAGGGUGUAAGUGCGUGUUUGUUUGUGUUUCUUUAAAAUAAAAAGUGGCAGGUCUCAUAGUGGGGGCUGUUUUCUGUUGAGAGGGGAUAUCAUACAGAAAAUUGGGUAGCAAAAGUGGGACGCAAGACAUGGGUUCGGGGAGGGAGUUUGGAGAUAGAGAAAAAAAAUAGGAAUGUGGGGCGAAGUGUUCUCAGCGAUUGCGCUUGUUUGGUCUGGGAGCUUUUCCCCCUUUCCCUGGCGUGCUCCUGGGUUGGGUGACUUUGUUGUGUCUGCCUGCUCAAAGUCCUCGCCCUACCCCCUCGCUCUCCUGACUUCUGCAAGUUGUUUUUGAGUAAACGAAGCCGCUUUCUAACCCCACUUUGAAGACGCUUCGCCACCUCCCCUUUUUCUCCCUUCAAAUCGAAUGUGUUAGUAUAAAUAAAGCCGGGGCGAGUCAGCCUGCAAUUAUUAUUGUGGAGUGGGGGGCUGGGGUGGGGACGGCUCGGAUCCGUAUUAGUAUUAGGAAUUGUAUCGCUGCUCUCAUUUUGCAUAUUUGCGAAAGGCUUGGGUCGCUUCCUAGGGAAAUGCAAAGCACAAAAUUGGGAGGAGGGUAGCGAAGGCCCCCCCCGAUGAAGGUCACGUACUUAACCGAGAGAACAAUGACUGCGGGUUGCCAACUCUCCUCCUCCACGCAAGUUUGCAAGCUGAUCUUGAACUUGCAUCUUCCCUUGGAAGCCACCGACACGCAGGCUGCAGACCUUCCUAGUAAGCCCAAGGGAGACUUGACAGCACAAUCCUCCCCAUCUCUUCCCAGAAUCUCCACUGAGUCUAAUGGGAUUUACUGCCAGUGCGUGUAUUUCCCGCGAGUAAGCAGCCUGCCCGGAGACUUUCUGCCUGCGCUUCCCAGCUGAGCCACGGAAGAGACGCGAGCAGCGCCAGGAGGAGGCUCGCCUCGCGAGGGGAGGGCGAACUGCAAGUGGCCAAGUGCUGGCAGAGAGGGCAAAGCGGGAGGCGGAGGGGCCUGGGAGGGAGGGGACCUCCCGCCGACCUCCCCUGAGCCGACCCCAGAAGGACCCAGCCGGGGUCCGAGCUCCCGCUCUGCUGGGGGCCAAGGCUGGCAUGCUCCCUUCUCGCUGGGGUGCCCCAUAGAUAGGCAACGUGGAGCUGAGCCUCUCCCUUCUUGCACACGCACCCAUUUGCAAGCAGAUUUGUCGGCAUUAAUGCAUCCGAUAUUAACUACUCAGCUGGCCGAUAUGACACGUCAGUUAAGCCCCCAUUUGACGUAGGUUUUGAAGGAAUUGGUGAAGUGGUAGCCUUGGGCCUAAGUGCCAGCGCUAGAUACACAGUGGGCCAACCAGUGGCCUACAUGAGGCCUGGUGCUUUUGCUGAAUAUACCAUUGUUCCUGCCAAAGAAGCCAUCCCGGUACCCUCUGUGAAACCCGAAUUUCUUACACUACUGGUAAGUGGAACUACAGCAUAUAUCAGCCUGAAGGAGCUUGGAGAACUGUCUGACGGGAAGACGGUUCUGGUGACAGCCGCAGCAGGAGGAACCGGUCAGCUUGCUGUGCAACUUUCCAAGAAGGCAAAAUGUCACGUAAUAGGAACAUGCUCCAGUGAUGAAAAAUCUGGCUUUCUGAAAUCCAUAGGCUGUGACCACCCUAUCAACUACAAAACUGAAAACCUUGCUGCUGUCCUUAAGAAGGACUACCCGAAAGGUGUGGAUGUGGUGUAUGAAUCUGUCGGCGGGCAGAUGUUUGACUUGGCUGUCAGCUCCUUGGCUACCAAAGGGCGCCUGAUCAUUAUUGGGUUUAUCUCUGGCUACCAAACCCGUACUGGCCUUCAGCCUGGUCAUGUGGAAAUGUUGCCAGCAAAGCUGCUAAGGAAAUCUGCCAGCAUCCGGGGUUUCUUCUUAAACCAUUACCUUUCUGAAUACCAAACGGCUAUGAAACACUUGAUCGAAAUGUGUGAAAACAGAGAACUGGUUUGUGAGGUGGACCUUGGAGACAUGUCUCCAGAGGGCAAAUUCGCUGGCUUAGAGUCUGUAUUCCACGCUAUAGAUUAUAUGUACAUGGGGAAAAACAUUGGAAAAAUUGUAGUUGAAUUACCUCACUCUGUCAACAGUAAGCUGUAAAAACAGAACAAUGAUAUAAAUCAAAAGAGGGAAAAUGGGCACUUUAUGCUUCACAAUAACUAUUUCUUUAAAGUUGCCAAUGGGUAACAUAUUAAAAAAUAGCAUGUAGGCUUUCGUUAAAAAAUAUUUGUUGAAUUUAAGUGGCUUUGUGUUCUUUAAAAAUUCCAUGUGUUGUUGGCAUUGCAUUAAACAGUUCUGCGUUUUUGUCUGGGAGUUUUGAGCGAACUAAGGAUUAAACUUGCAUUGGAUUUGAAUCUGGCCAACUAUGAAAUCUUCAUCUACAGCUUUCCUCUCGAAUUGAGUAAAUAAAGGCAUAUUAAUAUUUUAAGUGAAAUCAAUAAUAUUAUCAAUUCUUCCUAUAAAAAAGGAUGGGUGCAAUUCACCUGGACAUUCUGCUUGAGCAAUGGGAGUCAAGCAAGAGUGCUUUUCAGUAGCACAGGGCAGCAUCUUAGCGGGUUGCACUGGAUAUAAUUUAAAAAUGAGAAAUUAUCUUUUUUCAGUUGUGUUGGUUGCAAAUACAAUAAUAAAAUGCAGAUUUAUGUAACUCAAAAGAUAUUUUUUACUAGUUACGAAAGUGCCAGCUUUUGUUUUUAAAUGAAAGUUUGUUUUAAUUUUAUAUAAGGUUUUAUAGUUAUAUUUUGAAAUCUUCAUGUUGUAAUACCACUUUCUAACUAUUCUUUUGGCUAUAUUAACCCGUUAAUUGGGUUAACUUUGGUAUAACGCUACAUUCUACUAAUAUUAAGGCAAUCUUAAGAACAGCGUUAACGAAGCCCCUCACCUUACAAGGAAAUGGUAGUGACUAGAUCGCUUGCUUAUAAUGGCACCAGAGGACUGUGCUGAACUAUGCAAUAAGGUGAAGCCUUUGUAAGAAUUUAUAUUUCAACCUUUGUAAGAAUUUAUAUUGUUUUAAAGCAUUAAAAUCAUUUUGACUAUUAUUAAUUUUUUUA